CUGAUCCUUCUCAGUUACUGUGAACACUGGUCUUGUGUGUCUCCUUUCAAUGACAUCCCUGUUCAACUCCUCCCAGGAGAUAGUGUUUGUGCUGCAUGGACUGAAUGAGACACAGACAAACAGACACAUCUACUUUGUAUUUAUUCUGAUCCUAUAUCUCUUUACCAUUUUUAUUAAUCUCACUCUGAUCUUUACUAUUAUUCAGAAAUAUUUUUUGCUUGACUCAAUGUAUUUAUUCCUCUGUAAUCUGUGUAUUAAUGGGAUCAUUGGUGCUUCAUCUUUUUACCCCAAAAUGCUUUACGAUCUUUUAUUUGACUGUCAUGUGAUAACAUACAUUGGGUGCUUGACCCAGAUAUUUGUCAUCUCCUUCUAUGUUUACUUUGAAUUUACCAACUUAACGGUAAUGGCUUAUGACAGAUAUGUUGCCAUCUGUAAGCCACUCCACUACCACUCUAUUAUGACUGUUAGAAAAGUGUGGACACUGAUUCUUCUAACUUGGCUUUUGUCAUGGCUGGAAGUUACUAUUGGAAUAGUUCUCACAGCUAGGUUACCCCUCUGUGCUGUUGACAUUGAUAAACUCUACUGCUCAAAAUUUGAGAUUUUGAAGCUGUCAUGUGUUGACACCAGUCUGAACAAUCUCGUUGCUUAUAUUGUCAUAUUGUCACACUUUUCUCAAACCAUUCUUAUUCUGAUAUCGUAUGUGAACAUCAUCAAAACAUCUAUAUGUUCCCAGACAGGAAGGAGGAAGUUCAUGCAGACCUGUCUUCCUCAUCUAAUCACCCUGGCUAAUUUUGUUGUAUCUCUCCUCUUUGAUGUGAUGUACUCUCUCUACGGAAGCAACACCACUCUAUUAGCCCUGAGGAAUAUCAUGGCUGUGGAGUUUCUAGUUGUUCCUCCUCUGAUAAAUCCUAUCAUAUAUGUGAUGAACCUCAGUCAGAUUCGGAAUAGAGUUAGACAGAUGUUCAACUGUAAAGUUGCUUCCCUAAGCUAA